GGUUGCUGUAUCGAACUUGACACACCUUAUUGGCUCGCAGCAUCCAGCAUCCUGACGGGAGCACACAUUGCUCGUUCUAUCCGGUUUCUUAUAGUUGCGUUGGAGUGUACUGGUCAUCAUGGGGGAGCUAUUUAGGAGCGAGGAGAUGACCCUUGCCCAGCUGUUUCUCCAGUCGGAGGCGGCCUACUGCUGUGUCAGCGAACUGGGGGAACUAGGCAUGGUCCAGUUUCGGGAUCUGAAUCCGGACGUGAAUGUGUUCCAGCGCAAGUUUGUGAAUGAAGUGAGGAGAUGCGAGGAGAUGGACCGAAAACUACGAUUUGUGGAGAAGGAGAUCAAGAAAGCCAACAUUCCAACUGUAGACACUGGUGAAAAUCCUGAAGUGCCGUUUCCAAGGGAUAUGAUCGAUCUGGAGGCUACCUUUGAGAAGUUGGAGAAUGAGCUGAAGGAGAUCAACACCAACCAGGAAGCCCUGAAGAAGAACUUCCUGGAACUGACGGAGCUGAAACACAUCCUUCGCCGAACACAGCAGUUCUUUGACGAGAUGGAAGAUCCCAACUUGUUGGAAGAGUCGUCAGCUCUGAUGGAAGGCAACGAAGGGGGCCGAGGGGCUCCACUCAGACUGGGGUUUGUGGCUGGCGUGAUCAGCAGGGAGAGGAUUCCCACUUUUGAGAGGAUGCUGUGGCGGGUGUGUCGAGGUAACGUUUUCUUACGGAAGGCUGAGAUUGAGGACCCACUUGAGGACCCCACUACGGGAGACCAGGUCCACAAGUCUGUCUUCAUCAUUUUCUUCCAAGGUGACCAGUUGAAGAACAGGGUGAAGAAAAUCUGUGAAGGGUUCCGUGCCUCUCUCUAUCCUUGUCCAGAGACCCCACAGGAGAGGAAGGAGAUGCUUGCAGGAGUCAACAGCCGUAUUGAUGAUCUCCAAAUGGUGCUGAACCAGACCGAGGACCACCGUCAGCGAGUGUUGCAGGCCGCCUCAAAGACCAUGCGAGUUUGGUUCAUCAAGGUUCGGAAGAUGAAAGCCAUCUACCAUACUCUUAACCUCUGCAACAUCGACGUCACCCAGAAAUGUCUAAUAGCGGAGGUGUGGUGUCCUGUCUCGGACCUGGACUCUAUCCAGUUUGCCCUCCGGAGAGGAACGGAACGAAGCGGUUCAACUGUGCCGUCCAUCCUCAACCGAAUGCAGACCAAGCAGACCCCGCCCACUUUUAACAAGACCAACAAGUUCACUUCCGGCUUCCAGAACAUUGUGGACGCCUAUGGCAUCGGAAACUACCGUGAAAUCAAUCCAGCUCCGUACACCAUCAUCACCUUCCCUUUCCUGUUUGCCGUCAUGUUUGGCGACAUGGGUCAUGGCCUUUUGAUGACCUGCGCUGCUCUCUACUUGGUCAUCCGAGAGAGUCGCCUCCUUGCCCAGAAGAGUGACAAUGAGAUGUUCAAUAUGGUGUUUGCUGGCCGCUACAUCAUCCUGCUCAUGGGGAUCUUCUCCGUCUACACAGGCGUCAUUUAUAAUGAUUGCUUCUCCAAAUCACUGAACAUGUUUGGCUCUGGAUGGAGUGUGAGGCCCAUGUUUGGUCCCAAAGGAGCCAACUGGUCGUUUGAGACGCUUGACAACAACGCAGUGCUGCAGUUAGACCCAGCCGUUCCUGGUGUGUUCAAUGGGCCUUAUCCUCUUGGAAUUGACCCGAUCUGGAACGUCGCCACCAACAAGCUGACCUUCCUCAACUCGUUCAAGAUGAAGAUGUCUGUCAUCCUCGGUGUCAUCCACAUGCUGUUUGGAGUCUCCCUCAGUCUGUUCAACCACCUGUACUUCAAGAAGCCUCUGAACAUCUUCCUGGGCUUCAUCCCAGAAAUCGUCUUCAUGGCUAGCCUGUUUGGUUACCUCGUCCUGCUGGUCUUCUACAAGUGGACGGCUUACGAUGCAUUUACCUCAAAGGAUGCCCCCAGCCUCCUAAUCCACUUUAUAAACAUGUGCCUCUUCAACUACAGCGAUCCCACCAACAAGCCGCUCUACGCGGGACAGAUGGGGAUCCAAGUUUUGUUGGUGCUCAUUGCCCUUGCAUGUGUCCCCUGUAUGCUGGUGGUGAAAACUAUGGUGCUUCGGCGUCAGCACCUGUGGAAAGUGCAUCUGUCACAGAAGAGGGAAGAAACCACUGCAGAGAAUCUAGAGCAAUCUUUAGAGCGAACAGGCGUGUCCUCAUCAUGCACCGGACUCACCCAACAGGGCACGCAGAAGUUUGGAGGGGUGCGAGUGGGCAACGGGCCCACAGAGGAUGAGGCUGGCAUCAUGGACCACGACCAGCUCUCCCAGCACUCAGAGGAAGGAGAUGAGCAAGCAGAGGAAGAGCCGUUUGACUUUGGUGAUGUGGCUGUUCAUCAGGCCAUCCACACCAUAGAGUACUGUCUGGGAUGUAUCUCCAACACUGCCUCCUAUCUGCGUCUGUGGGCCCUCAGUCUGGCUCAUGCACAGCUGUCCGAGGUGCUCUGGUCCAUGGUGAUGCACCUCGGUUUGUCCUCCCGGAGUGGGGGCGGGUUCUUUGGCCUGUCAAUCAUCUUUGCGGCCUUCGCCACCCUCACAGUUGCCAUCCUGCUCGUCAUGGAGGGGCUGUCGGCCUUUCUGCAUGCCCUGCGUCUUCACUGGGUCGAAUUCCAGAAUAAAUUCUAUGGCGGCCAAGGCUUCAAGUUUGUCCCCUUCUCGUUUGAGAGCAUCAUGGAGGGAAGAUUUGAUGAGUGAACAUUAGCUGGUGGAGUCCCCAGUCUUCUCUCCUCUUGUGUAUGCCUACUGUACAUGUGCAUGAACACUUGUGCAAACCUCUGUGUCCCUCUAGUGGCAAUCCAUAACUGUCUGUGAUAUUGAAUAUUGUACUGUCCAGGGUUUGCAGUACCCCAGCUGUACCCAGACUGGGUACUCUGUGCUGAGAACACUACAGUAUGUCCACGCCAUGUCUAGCAGAUUUUAAUGUAUUUCUAGUUUUAGGAAGGCUUGUGCAAUAUAGUGUCAUUUCCUGUUGUGAGUUGGCUCCUCCAUGUUUUUGGAUGGGGAAGCAGGUGCCACGCCUUUGUGUACAACUUUAAACAGACAGUGGAAAUUCUUGGUAAAAUGCACUCAUUUCAUGGAAAUAACCAGAACGCCAACUGUUUUCAUUCCCCCCGUGUGUACUUAGCACGUUGCACGCACGUCCAGUCAGUCUUCUCUUGUGCUGUGAACGUGUGUGUCAUUAGAAAGGAGGAAAUGAUCACAGGGUGCAAGGAAACGUAGUUACAAUGUGACGGAAUGAUUCCAUGUCACAGCUGAGUGACAUUACAUUACAAACAGCAGGUGUGUACAAAGUGCGGAUGGAAAAUAACAUUAUUUUACUUGCCUAAAAUUGAAAUAUAAAAAAAAUAUUCUUUUUUUAAAGUCGUAAUAUUAUGAGAAACAAAAACAAAUAAAGUUGUCAUUUUUGGAAGAUUUGGUUGGGGAAAAAGUUCAAAUUUUACAAGAAGAAAUUCAAAAUAUUAUGGGAAUAAAGUCAUAAUUAUGAGAGAAAAAUUUGCAAGAAGACAUUUGAAAUAGUUGGUAAAUUAAAAUAACAGCAGAAAUGGAAAAAACAGCUGUAAUUUCACAAUAAAUAAUUUAAAAAAUAUUAAGCAGAAAAGUUGUAUCCUAACGAGACGAAAAGUUGCAAUUUUACAAAAAAACAGCUGUAAUUUCACAAUAAAUAAUUUAAAAAAUAUUAAGCAGACAAGUUUUAUCCUAAUGAGACGAAAAGUUGCAAUUUUACAAGAAUAAACUUGUAAUAUUACGAAGAAAAAUGUCAUUUUAGUAACAGAGUUGAAAUAUUAAAGAAUUUUUUUUUAAAGUCAUAAUAUUAUGAAUAAACAACAACACAAAGUAAAGCUGUAAUUUAAAAAUUUACAAAGAUUAUUUAAUGAAUAAAGUUGAAAUAUUUGGAAAAUUUAAAAACAAAAACGCUAAAUUGGGGAAAAAAGAGCAAAGAUUGACGUUCAUACUAAUAAUGGCCUUUUUCACUGUAUCACAAAGCUGAGGUGCAGUUUUUUUUUUUUUAAGUUGCUUUACAAAAUAUCAAAGUGGCCCUUUCAUUUUUCACUAUCUGGCCUUCGCCGGAAAAAGUAAUGUAACUUUUUCAAAAUGGCUUUUAUUAUGACUUUUUCAAUAAUUACAACUUUAUUCUUUGUUUUUACUAAAAAAAAGAAAAAAGAAAACAAUUUUUUUCUUUUUUCUCUUAAAUAUUUUGACUUUUUUUUGUGCUGGUUUUUAUUAAAAUUUUCCUACUACUUCAACUUUAUUCUUGUAAAUUUUCUUCUCGUAAUUAUGACCUUAUUUCCGCAAUAUUUGAAUGAUUCUCGUAACCUAACCUAACUAAUUUUCCUUCCAAAAAACAACUUAUUUUUUCCUCAGAAUUUUACAAUUUUAAUUUUGUAAAAUUACAACUUUAUAUAUAUAUGCAGUAUAUAUAAUAUUUUGACUUUAUUCUUGUAAAAUUACUGCUGAUUUUUCCAUUUUUGCUGUUGUCUGGUGUUUUUUUGUUGUUGUUGUUAAAUUAUAUUUUUGCAAUGUGAUACGGGCAAAUAAGAAAACAGCCAUGGGCCACAAAUGGCCCCCGGACCGCACUUUGGCCACCCCUGUGAUAAGGUAUUGGUAUUCAGUUGUCUAUGGCAAGAUGAAGUAAUAUACAUGUUGUCCCAUGUGUGCAUGAAAUCCAACACAGUUACUCAGAAAAGUGUAAAGUGUAUUUGAAAUAACUGAAUAGUGUUCUCGCUCAACCCCUCUGUCACCACAUCGAUGUUACUUAAGAAUAUUACUUCUACGUGAAGUGAGUCAGAUAGACCUGGGGUAACAGAAAUUGGAUCGCAAUGAGCAUGCAUUGAUGCUCCAUUUGACUGUGUUGUCGUCAUUUCUUGCUUAAGUGACAUGAUGCAUUUAUGAUAGACUGCAUUUUGCAUUGUUUUUAUUGCAGGACAAUACAUACCCCAAAUCACAAAUGUAAUGUGACGCUGCUCAGUUAUUCGUGAUGUGAAAGGUCAUUGUGUUUGUGAUCAAUAAUAAAGCUCAGAUUUGGGGA